AAUUACAGUUUAGUUACAGCCGACCAACAAAAUACUUAUUUGCUUAAAAUUCUUGUUAAGCAAGUAAAAUAACAUAGGAAAACGUCAGUUGCCAUAGUCUACUUCACUGUAGAACGCCAGCUUAGAAUUACCAAGCGCUUUUUUGGGAAGUGGCUCGUUCCGAGAGAGGUGGCCGCUAUGUUGCCAUUCAGUCAUUUACCCUAGUGUGCUUUGUGUGUUUUUAGGCUAGUCUACUCCUUAUAGGCUAUUGUUUUUCCCUAGAGGCUAGUCUAUCUGUAGUAGAAUCAAGGGUAUUUUGAUGGGGAAAAAUGAAAUUGAUUGAAUAUCUUCGGGCCAUCAGCAGUCUCUGAAAUAACCUGGAACACAAGAGAACGAUAUGAAAGUGUGAAUGGAUAGUGACCAACAGUAAUGUCUAAUUCGGCUUGGACUGGGGCUAGACCCCAUGUUAGUAAAGUAGAGCUUCGUUGCCGAACAGGCUGUGGUUACUAUGGGAACCCAGCUUGGGAUGGACACUGUUCAAAAUGUUACAAGGAGUUGGUACAGAAGAACCAGCAACGGAAGACGGUGUUUGACCCAACUCAGAAAAUCCGCAACAAAGUAAGCCGUUCAGUUAGCGAUGUGUCAGAAUUAACAUCAACAGCCACAACAUUGAUGAGUAAAAAAUUUGAUCGUUUUGAGGAAAAACGUCGUCAGCACCUAGACAAGAAAACCAAGGCUGUAAAAUCUAUCUUUCGAAAAUCACAGACAUCCAAAGACUCUUCCAAAGGAGACCAGUGGAGACCAGUUCGACAACUUAGCUUUGAAUCUCAAAGUGUAGGACAAGAAUUCAAUGAUUUUUUGAAGACAUUGAACAAAGAUAUGCAAGUUGGAAUCAGCAAACAGAUAAAUAGUUUUGUCGAGAAGAUGCUACAGUGUGUGGAGUUUCAGUCUGUGGACGAGUCAGGUGAACAGGUCCAUGAUUUUUACACGAGCAUGAAUGAGAUGAUCUCUGAACAUUCCAUAUAUCAAGGUUUGAGUCAAGAGCAGAUAGAUAGAAUUAAUGAACUCACAGAGAGGUAUGUUACAACGCGUUUAUACAAGUCCCUCAUCAGCGCUGUCAAUGCAGUAAAUGAAGACAAAGAUUUGGCCAUUCAAAAUAGGAUCCGUAGCUUAGCUUGGGUUAGUAGCCACCAUCUGGAAUGCGGCAUUGAUGAGUCUAAAGAAGAUGUACGGGAGACUCUGGACCUAGUUAUUAAUGAGUUGAUUGAAAUGAACAGCAAGAGAGUGCCAUCUGACAAAUUGAAGUGCCUCGUUUCGUUCAGUCACCAUGCAUUAACUCUCCUUCAGCUGUCUAAUGGAGGAUCUCCUGCUUCUGCUGAUGACUUAUUACCAGCUCUUAUAUAUUGUGUACUCCAAGCCAACCCACCGUUGUUACACAGUAACAUUGCAUAUGUUACUAAUUUUGCACCACAACCUAGUCUUCAGAGUGGUGAAGCAGGAUAUUUUUUCACCAAUUUGUGCUGUGCUGUAGCCUUCAUUGAGAAACUGACAGCAGAAAGUUUGGGCUUGACAACAGAUGAGUUUGAUAGAUACAUGUCGGGUGAAGCCCUCCCUCCUAAUGCUUUGGAAGGUGAUAUGUGGCUUUGUGAAGGAAUGAGAGUUAUGCAGCAAAAUUUAAAGACAUUGGAUGACCUCCAGUCUCGAAUGGACCGUCUUAUAACCGAAUCUGACACACUUGUCAAGGAAAUGGAUGAUUUGCAGGAAAGUGUGGCCAAAGAAGUCGCAGUAGUGCUUAAACGAACCCCUUUAAUUAUUCGACCACGACGAGCAAAUAUUGAUGAGGAGGUUCCAGCCUCAGAACAGCUCCCACCACCCAUGACUCCACAGACAAUGGACAGUGGAGCACCAAAACCAAAUCAGACUUCAUCAACCACUGAAGUUGCACCUCUAAGUCCAGAUAUUUUAGCAGCCCAGCAAAGUUUAUCAUUUUUACAAGGUUUGUCUGAUUUGGAUUCUGCUGCAAAUGGUUUAGAUGGAAGUGAGACACAAAUGGCUGUAGGUAAUGGCACUGGUGAUUCCAAGUCAGGAGGAGGCCCAUCCACACUGUUGGACGAUACACCCCCUUCUGGUCUUCCUUCUCUUCCAGAUCUUUUAGACCCAUUUGGACCCUUAGAAGUUGGUGGGAGUGGCAUAGCUGCUUCAAGCUUACCUCCCACUUUAGAUCCUACUGUAUCUCUUUCAAAUCCACUGCUGCUACCAAGCAGCAGCACAGCAACGUCAUUGCCACCUUCUUUGUCUUCCCAGCAGAGCAUGGUCAGUUCUGGAGCAAGUGGUGCUGCACCAUCUAGCAGUAGUUCUGUUGAUUCAUAUUCAGGUUUCACCAUUCAGGGAGGACGAAUUCCAAGCAUUCCAUGUGAUACAGGACAUUUCCAUAAAUAUUCAACUGUGCCAGAUCCACUCUCUCCUCCACUUGAAGGGCCACAGCAUCUCCUUCCUCCACCAUUAAUCCCCACAGCCUCAGGAGGGGAAGGUAGCAGCACUGGAGCCUCAUCAUCAUCAGAAGGUAGCACCCCAAGGUCUGCUGAAAGACAGCUUAAGAAAGAAGAUACAAUUGACAAAGUUUAUAAUGUACUAGGGGAUAUUGUGCAGACCUUUGACAAUUUGUUGUAGGAUGCCACAGAAGAAAUUGCUUUUGGUAAUGUAUAGUCAGCAGUUUGUGCAAUUUUACUGCUUUAUGUAGACUCUUCCAACUGGGUACAGUAGAGCAUUAGAUUAACACUUCCGUCCAUUCGAGUGUUUCUGCCAUAACCCAGUGGUUUUAUUAUUAUUGUUGCACGCAGUUAUAAUUGGUUAUGUGUGUGUUUUGGCAAUUUUGUGAGUUGUAUGGGACAAGGUACUAAUUGGUUAGGAGGCUUUUGCACCACAUUGAUAAUUAUUGGUUACAGUCUUAAAGAAGUGUUUUAUUAUUUGCACAGUGUAGUAGUUAUAGACACACAAUAAGUUUUGAUUAAGCAAGGCACUGGACAGUAUUUUAAAAAGUUUAUAUUUAAAGCUUAUAUAUUUCUAGUCAAGAGACUGGUCUAUUUAUUUUUAGUGAUUAAGCACUUUUAAAAGUAAUAUUUUUUAUGUUUGAGAUAGAUGCAUAUUAAACAAAAGAUUUAUCAAUUCUUAAAUUUAUAUAAAGACAAUUGGUAUUUUUAUGCAGUUUAUUAUAUGGAUAAAAUGAUGUGCAGUAGUAUGUGUUUGGUCUCCAUAUUUUACAUUUCUUUAAGCAAAGGUAAUGAAGACUGACAAUUCAGACUUUAUCAAAAACAUUUAAUUUUGAAUUAUGACAACAAUACUUUUAGGCUUAAUGUAAAGUAGUGUAGAUAUUAAUUCUUGUAAGGAGCUUUCAGAUUGCAUCAUUUGGUAGGGCAUUCUUCCCAAAGAAUGGGUUAUAUUUGCAUAUCGUAGAAUGUUAUUGUAGAAAGGUCAAGUUUCUUUUUUCCAAGGAAUUACUUUGACGAUCAUUAAAGAUGAUGCGAGAUAGUUUAAUAAUCAAAGUAAAGGUAGCAUGAAAAUUUAUACCUCUGCUAACACUAGCAACACUUAAACCAAAAGCUUGGCAAGUAUUAUUCAAACUAAUCUCAUUAAAUUUCCUUUGUAUUACCGAGGAAAAUCUUUCCUUUUGUCUUGUUUCUGAGCUUGCCAGGUAAUUUUUGUAGAGUAGUAAAAUGCCGUUUUAUGUAGGUAGAAACAAAUAGUAUUGGACUCUUAGAACAAAUUUAUUGUUAACAUUUUACUCUUCAUCUUUGUUGAAUAAACUCUUGAAAGCUUGUACGAUGGAACAAGCGACUGUCCCUCAUCCAAAAAUAAAAGUACAGUAUGUAAUAGCAUAAAUUUCAGCAGAGAUAGCAUACCUUGAAUUAAAUUUCAUCCUAAGUAAAUUUUAAGUUUUAGAGGUCACGAGUUUAUUAGCCCUUGAUCUUUUUUCAUUGAGGUUAAUAAGUAUCAGUGAUGGUGAUAUAACCUUACAUUUUAUAGAAGGAUCAAGGAAAGUGUGUUAAUUAGAUGACAUUUGUAUUUAAGGAUACUGUUUUAAUUCGGUAAGACUUAGGUCCUCGGGUGUGAAAUAGUGUAAAUUGAUGGAAAGUAUUUUGCACCAUAUAUGAUACAAACUUUUUCUUUUGUGUAGAAACAAGAACAUAACAUAAAGAUUCUUAUUUGUUAUAGCAUAGUGAGAAUUAUUUGUUAUAGCAUAGUAAGAAAACUACUGUAACAACUGUUUUGAAUAAGAAGUAUUAGAUCUGAAAUUAAAAGAUGCUUUAAUAUGAAUACUUGCUACCUCUAUCAGAGCCUAUAGUUUAAAAAGCCUAUUAGAUUUUACUAUACAAUAUUGUCUAACUCAUUCUCGGAUAUUUGUAAUUUAUUUUAUUUUAUUGAGAGUUGGAAGUGCAUGUUACAAACAUUUAAAUGACACUCUUAAGAUGAAACCGAAUAGUUUGUAUUGUACUAAAAUCUUUUUUUAUAUUUUAAUUAUUGUAUAGAUGUUUAGUCACCUAAAGUACAGAUAAUUUUCAAUUAGUAGGUCUCUACUGGUUUGCACUGGUGCUUAUGUAAAUGGGUUAAAAUUUACUAAGGUUAGAAUUGCUACUAUGUCCUAUGUAAUGGUGCAGUCACAUAUAAAAUAGUUUUGUAGUUUUUCUGCUGUUAUUCGUUACGUACAUGAAUAUGUUAGUUCUUAAGUUUUGCUGAGUCAUGAGGGAUGUACCCAUCAGGUGGAAUGUGGUCCAAAAGAAAAUGUCUUUGGAGGCUAUCCUGGUCUAACAGUAUGGAGUAGGUAAGAAGGCUUUGUGUACUGUACCUCUAAAUAAACCUGUGAUCACUUAAUUGACCAACAGAAGCAUGUUAUAUAUGUAUGUUGACAGUUGUGAGAGGGUGCUGCUGUGUUUGUGUUACAUGGCAGGAAAUGUUUCUAAAAUAACCAACAUUUGUGAUCUUUUCUUUAUUUAAUAUCAUUAACGCUGAUGUGAAACAUGCUUUCCAUGUAAUUAGGUACAGCAGUUUAGAAAGUGAUCUUUAAUUUGAACUAAGAAGUUACUAGAGGACUUGUUAGGCAUUUUGAUGACUUGAUGUAGAUAUACCUUGCUGUUUAGCAAAAGAUGGUAGCUAAAAAACUUCUCUUUACUCUCUUUGUGUUCAGAGUUUUAACAUUUAAUGAGGUAAUGAACAAUAGAUAUUGGUGCAAGAGAUAUUCAUAUGUAUAAUAACUGCAUUAGUCUAUUAUGACUAGAUAUGCAAAUUUUUCCUAUGUACAGACUCUAUAUGAUGUACCUUUUUUUUUAUAAGCAAAUGUGCAAUUUUGACAGGAUCAUAUGUGAAAUCAGAUUUUAAGAGGAUCCUAUAUGAACUAACCAGUCUUCAAAAUGUUUACAUUCUAAUGUGUUAACUUAUUUCUGUAGUACUGCAUAGUGUUGUAAUAUAAUGAAGCUAGAAGCAGCAUUUUAUAA